AUGGACGACUUUAAGACAUUAUUAAUGCAAGAAUUUGUUAGAUUCAAACCUGACGUCUACAUGGAUGAUGGUCACGGCUCAACGUUGAAGCUUGGGCUCUUCAAUGGCAGAUACGUGUCCCCUUUUGGCGAGGAGAACUACCGUAGGGUCAAGGACAUACCUCUUAGAGACGACGACAUAUUUUUAAUUGGAUACCCUAAAACUGGUUGCCACUGGACCUGGGAAGUGCUCUCGAUGAUUGUCAGGGGCCGGGGUGAGCACUCAACGACCGGCAAGUUGGCCUGCUUCAUGGAAAUGGCCCCACCAGCAAUGAGGGACAGCGUCCAGACCCGACGUAUUCUCAAUUCUCACGUCUUGUUUGAAGAUCUUCCAGCGCAGAUGAAAGAGAAGAAAACAAAGAUAAUAUUGACAUUCAGAAAUCCUAAAGAUACCUUGGUCUCUUUCUACCACCACCACACUUCCCUGCCUGACGUGUGGAAUUACGCGGGAGAGUUUCAGAACUUUUUCCCGCUCUUUAUUAAAGGACAAGUCGACAACAGCUCCUUCUUUGAUUACUACAAGCAGUGGGACGAGGACAUCAAGAAAAACCCAGACCAGCCGGUAUUAGUUGUGUCGUAUGAGGACAUGAAGGAGGAUCUGCCCAGAGAGAUCAGGAGACUGGCGGCUUUCAUUGACGUCCCUCUCACAGACCAGCAGGUAGAGGAGAUUGCCCAGGCGGCCGGCUUCAGCUCCAUGAAGGAUGUCUACCAAAAGGGUGAUAACUAUUCCAGCAUUUUCUUGAGAAAAGGUCAAGUGGGAGACUGGAAGAACUGGCUGACCAUUGCCCAGAGUGAGAUGGUGGACGCCGCUGUUGAACAGAAGUUGAAGGGCACCCGCUUUGCCUCUCCCAGAUACACAUUAUAA